CAGUGGGGGGGGUGGGUAUUAGUGGAAGGCUCUCUCGGGUGGGGAUGGGGCAGGGGUGUUGUUGGUCACUGGGCAGACUGACCAUUUGGAAACUCGGUCAGUAGGGGGCCCCAUGAGAUGCCCCUGGUACCUUUUUCAUAGGCUUUUUGGAUUUUGGCCAAGGACACAGGGGCCCCAUGAUCCCCUAUUGCCUGGGGGCCCCAUGGGUUGUCAGUCUGCCCCCGCUCACCUUCCCAGCUCUCCAUCACUAUUCUGGCUCAAAAUCUCUAGUUUUAGCUUGGAGAAUGGUGACAUCACUCCUUCAGUCAUGUGACAGUGCUUAGACUUAGUGAUUGGUUGCUGGAUAUGAGCACUGUCACAUGGG